CGUCUCCUUUCUCUGAUUAUCAGCUGUUGUCAAACACACCUGGGUCUACAUUGAUUUAGUUUCACAUACUAUAAAACGUAUUUUCGCAUACCCGAAAAGCCUACUAACUAUUUAGGACGCAAGCACGGGUAUUCGGACAAGGGCAGUGAGUGUGUCAGAAUCUUAGCGGCGCUCCGUGGCGAGAUAGCUGUUUGUUUGACCUGGAGUUUUUGUCUCUGAGCUGGUUGAGUUCUCAGGCUCUAUCUGUGGGUGACAGACAGGAUGAUCCUUCUACUCCUCUCCCUGCUCCUGACUUGGACUCCAGUGAUCGGGGCACAGCCGGACAUCCAUAUGCCCUUCAUGGAGCACCUUGACGUGGACAACAAUGUCAUCCUGAAGUGGGGGUUCAGCGAGGUCCAGGGCACCAUCACGUUCCAGCUGACCUUCAAGACCACUGGCUGGGUGGGAUUCGGGUUCAGCCCAAAUGGAGACAUGGCUGGAGCAGAUAUCGUUAUUGGAGGGGUCGGACCAAAAGCCAACUACUUCAAGGAUUAUCAUGCCACAAGCAACGGAUUUCCCUUGGUGGAUGAGAAACAGGACUACACCCUCCUGUCCCUGACCGAGGCAGACGGUCAAACCACCAUGACCUUCUGGAGGGCCAUCCAGUCAUGUGACAAGGAUGACUUCCGCAUGACCGACAGUCCAUUGAAGCUGAUCUAUGCCUACGGGAAAACGGAUGACAUCGGCUACCAUGGCAAAAGUAGGGGGACCAAGGAGGUGAACCUGCUCAACAUGCCUAGCUCCAGCCCCCUGGUCAGCAACUCUGGCGCCAGUCCCCCACGCGCAAUAGAAAAGUGUCAAUAAUCUGUAUUCAUGAUAUAUGAAAAUGUCAAUAAAUGUAAGGAAUAAUUCA